CCGCCACCGCCAAUCAGUGCAGGGAAAUUGUUAACCCGAAACCACUCCAUUGGUAAACUGAAGAAAUCAAGCAUAAUGAGCAAUCUCUUCAGAGAUUUGAGGAUAAAGUUGGAAGGGUCAAGGUUGCAAAUUAAGAUAACUAGUCGAACCAGGAAGCAACUCGGGGGUUCUGCCGGAGGAAAAGAAGGAUUGGCAGCUUCGUUGCUAGAACUAACGCAAAGAUCACCAUUCUUCAAACAAAUUGAAGAAGAUGUUGAGAAGUAUGGCAAGACGAUAUUGGAAUUGAAAGCAUCCAUCAACUCUUUUGAAACGAAGGACAUGAAUGAGCUGGUUAAGUUCCAACAAGAUAUGGAUUACAUCCUUGAAGAUCUGACCGAUGAAAGUCAGGUGCUUGCGAAGUUUGAGGAUUUCCCCACCAAGAAAAUGGAAACGAUAAGGGCAGCCGCCGCGUUGUUCUCUAAAGCAAACUCCAUAGUUUCUAAAUUAAAGAGUUGGGAAGUGAAGUCACCAUCUGCACAACUGUUGAUCAGAUUCGAUCGCUAUUUCACCAAGGUGAAGACAGAAUUGGAUGCAAUUGAAAGGACAAAAGAUGAGGAAUCCAGGACCUUCAAGAGACAUGGGAUUGAUUUCGACUUCAAUAUAUUUGUUACCAUCAAAGAGCUGAUGGUGGAUGUUUCUUCCAACUGCAUGGAGCUUGUACUUAAGGAAUGGAGAGAAACAAGAGGUGCAACAUGCAAUGCUGAUGUACAAAAGAAAGUGAAUAAGAAUUUGCUAUGGAGAGCUUUUCAAAUGGCGUUUAGGGUUUAUUCAUUUGCCGGUGGCAACGACGAUCGUGCUGACAAGUUAGCCAGAGAAUUGGCUAAUGAAAUUUUGAGUGAUUCUUAGCC